AUGGCGAGGGAUCGAAGAGGCUUUUCGGGGUAUGGUAUGGGAGGGAUUAUUCAGGGUCCCAAAUUGUCGAGGUGGUGUGGCGACCUGAAGCCUGAUUACAGAGAGUCUGGCCAGAUUCGCAACGUGAUGACACAAAAGGAUGCGAAGUCGAAUGAUGAUGAGGACAAACCCCUCGAUGGGGGACUGGCCAAGGAAGAGCGAGUCGGGCAGAGUUUUGAGGUUAUCGUUACGAUUCGUGACGCGGUGGAGCGGAUUGAUGCAGGAUUACUCGUGAGUGCCUUUGGACAGGGGAACGGUUUCCAACGGCCAAGACAAGAUUUCGAAGGUAUACGGACAAAGAGUUUUGUACAGCAACAGUAA